AUGAAAGGAUAUCGCUGGGGUCUCAACGCCCAUAUCCUCAAGAUCCUCUAUAACACCGUCACUGAGAAGAUCGUGACAUAUGGAGCAGCUGCCUGGGCCUUACCAAUGCAGGGCAGAAAAGUAAAGCAUUUGCAAAGCAUCCAACGGCCGUUUUUAUUAAAUAUCACGAGAGCAUUUAGAACUUCCCCGACCAAUGCACUGGCAGUCCUGGCUGGCAUACUACCCUUGUCCAUUAGUGUCGAGAAGGAAGCUACGUACCAGAUAGUCAAGCAACUCGGCCAAACAACGCAAUUUGGGGAAGAGGUGUUUACUGCAGAUAACCUCGAAAGAGCAGUCAUCAGCCUUGACAGGCACCCGUCUUUGCAAGGACGGGGUGUUAAUGUCAACCUAAAGCAGACCACAAGACCCACGAACCUAGAUGAUACCUAUUAUACGGAUGGAUCUAAAAUAGACGACAGUGUGGGCUGUGCAUAUGCAGCACAUAAAGUGGGUAGAAUAGUAAGCCAAUGGAAGGGGCAUUUGGAAGCGCACAAUAGUGUCUUCUAA